AUGUUCAACGAUCUUUGCCAAAAUGUUUUGAAAUUAAUCGGAAAUCGAAUUGUUUCAUUACGUAUAACAUUAACCAAUGUUAUUGAUGGAUGGUCGCUCGUUUCAUCGUCUUUAAAAUAUUAUCAAACAACAUUGCUUCAGCGUCUUCAUCUGAUCGAUAUUACACCACAUGAGUUUGAUAAUAUAUUGUGCAAUCCUUUAAUAAAACGAUUGCGUACUUUAUUAGUUGAUGUGACACCAUGUAAUCCAUUUCAUUAUCUUGAAAUUGAAGGAGUUUAUUUAACUAAGGUGUGUUCGCAAAUACCUUGUCUAACAAAUUGUCGACUUCCAUUUAAUGUUUAUCAUAAAAAUCUAUAUAAAUUAAACAAAUAUUCAGUAGUACCAAUAAUGAGUUUACCAAAUUUAUUAAAUACAACUCAUCUUCGUACAUUGACCAUUGGUAUGAACACAUCAUACUUUCUUGAACGUUUACUACGGUGUAUACCAUUUAUUGAAUAUCUUUCUGUUGGUGUCAAUGAUCUAGCAAUGAAUGAGCACGACAAUUUUGAUAUAAACUCAUCUUGUCAAAUGCCAACUAAUGGCGUAGAUUUGUUUCCACGUGCAAAUGAGUUAUUCCUGACUGGUUGUAGAAAUGAGAAUUGUAUUUCAGAGCUGAGUAAUUUUAGAAGUUUCAUAUCAUCAUUAGUUCCAUGGUCGUUAUUAACAAAAAUUUCAAUUGAUGAAGGUGAUGUUGUUACUACAGGUGAACUAGAAUCAAUAUUACGGAUGGCUUAUAAUGUCCAUACACUGGUUAUACGUGAUGAUAGGGGAGUUUUUUCCCACGCGAUAUUACAUAAUAUUGAUAAUCUCGGAACUCGUGUUAAUCAACAAAUACAAACAUUGGAAAUUGAUGAUAUGACAUUGACAUUGAAAAAUAUUCAGUAUUUUGGCAGAUUGUUGUCAAAUCAAUUAGCUAAUUUGAAAAAGGUUUUGUUUAAAAUCUAUGAUUCAUGUGAUGGGUGGAAAUGGAUACCAUCACGUAUUGUUGAUGGUGAAAAUGAAUCUACAAAACGUAUUGUUAACGUUAUUUAUUUCCUUAUUGAUCAUUUGCAACAGCUUGUUUUGCUUCACAUCGACUUCAUCAGUUUCAAUUACGUGGAAUCACCUUGUUUUCCACAUCUAAUUCAACAUCAACUAAAUCAAUAUCCAAUAAAUCGACCGUAUCGAUUACGUUGUCUUGCUGAGAGAAUUGAAAUUUGUCUUUAA